GUUUACAAACAAAUGUUUGGGGAUAGAUGGCAUAAACAAAGUGUGCCAGUGAAAACAUUUGAGCUUGGAUGCGCAUUCAGUCAUAAAGCCGAUAUGUGAAAGGACAGAGAAGUCUCACAAAACCACACGGAGUAAUGCGCUGCGAUCGGCGUCCUGUCACCGGAAUGAAAUCGAAACGCUAUGAACAUUAACUACUGUAGGAUUAUUACGUGCACUCCGGACGCACAUGCUAUAGCUCAUUAUAACCCGACAAGAGCAAGUUCAUCAACAUGCUUUUCAAUUCUCCUGUGGGUUAACCGAGACCGGAGAAGAGGAGGGAGAUUUUUCACGAGAUGAGUGGGGAUUUCUCUCAGAUUUACCUCAGUAUAACGCAUUUCGAUUCGGAUUAAAUGAUUUCUUCACUUGUUUUUUAUACGCAUCCUCUUGACGCUCACGUACUGGGACAAGUGUGGCCAUGAGAACAACAUCAUGGCUGACAAUCUGCACAUUUGGUACAGAACAGCAUCCUAGCCCCCAACGUGUGGAAAUCAAAACAAAAGCCUAAAAACUGCCAACCGGAGGAAUACCACGCCAUUUUUGUAUCUUUCCCUUUGGUGCUUGCAAACAAAUGCUACAUUAUUUAUAUCAUGGGAUGCAUGAAGUCCAAGCGCAGCGAGCCUGCUCAGAACUCCAGCUCAUCGGAGAAAGCGGAUGGCGGGCAGGGAAAGCAAGGAGAGAAAGCGGUUCUUGUUUUCUCAGAGAUUGGGUCCGAAGAGGACCCGGCACGGGUCAAUCCGGUUCUGCUGGACUAUGCCCAGAGGCUUUCGGAGGAAAUUGUAGCACGAGCGGUACAGCAAUGGGCGGAGGAGGACAGCCGGUACAGUGACAUUCCCUACAUUGAGUGCGAUGUGCCAUGAAGGAGAAAAAGUCUGGAACGGUCCAGCUCACAACUGUUCGUACUGUAUAGAAAGUCAUUCAGUUGGAUGAUGCUUGGUGUUUAAAUUGCACUCAAAAAAUGUUCAUAUUUUUUUAUUUCUCAAAAUCUAUCUGACAAUCUAUAGCAAAUUUAUGGGCCUGUUUGAGGAAUCAGGUUCUUGUAGCGAAAGUCUACAUUUGUGUCUUGUUUACGCUUUAUUGGUGAGCCAUCGCAAAUAUCCAAAAGCCAAAAUGUAUUCAUCCCAUGCAUUUCUGUUCUUUUGCCUCUACUUUAUGGUUUGUGAGGGUCGACACCCUGAUCCAUUUCUUCAUCUAUCUGCUGAUCUUAGAGAGCCGCCUCUCAGGGGUCACGGUUUCCCUUUAGGUGUCGGCUGCCAGGGAUCAAUAAGCGUACAUUACUUCACCAGUAACCUUUAUUGACGUGACAGCUCCUAUAGUUCAAACUCAACCACCUCACGGUCAUUACGAUCAGGCAUUAUUAACUAAACUCAAAUCGCCCUGCAUAGGGGUUUCAAAAAAAUCGAUUCGGGGCGAAAGAAUAAGAGGACUUUUUUUGUGUAUUGUGCCAUUACAUAAUCUUUUGAUCAUAUAUGCAAUUCUUAAUGGCCAAGAAGCAUUAACAUAAAGUAACGUUGUACUACAAAGAUUGCUGAACUUGCCAUUAAAAGAUGAACAAAACUUAGACGGGACCAAACAUAAUACGAGCACAAUUACAUUUCCGAUUUUGGUAAUAUCUUUAUGGCCUUUCUAAGUCUUGUUUUAUAUUUUAAGGAUGCCAGAUUCCCUUUAAUAAUUUUGUGAGUUUUGGUAUUAAAAGUUCAUCAAUUUUCUUCAUAAAGCGAUUUGAUUACUAUUAUUAGGGAUGCACCGAUAUAAUCGGUAUCGGCAGAUAAAAGCAAUUUUGCCAACUAUCAGAUAUCGGCUGAUUUGUGCACAACUAGAGUCAUCGUCUUUAAAAUGACCUCAGUAUCUCAAAUAACAUAAACAGGAAUGUGGACUCGUGCCCAAUGCUUUCCAUAUCUUAUCUCUAAGCCUUGUAAAAGAAGAGGUUUAGGGAUGAACCACAUGGUCAGAUGAACAAAGUGCAAUUUUACAGCAAGUUUUAUGCAUUGUCUUCUGCUCUCACUAACUCUGAAUGAUCCCAGUUGAAUUGCUUACAGUAACUUGUGUUAAACAAUGACAUCUAAUAAAAUAAAAGUGCUUCGACAACAAUAUAAACUCACUGCAGACAUACUACAUUGUAUCAGCUUGCAGUCUUACACUGAUAUUGAUUUAUCAUUGGUCCCAUAAUCGUUUAAUGAGGGGCUGAUGACACUGACCAAAGUUAUUGUUGUUUCAGUCUGUGUUUCAUCUGUAAUCUCUGUUCUGUAACUUUAAGGGGAAAAACGACUACGCCAAUAAAUGAAACCAUUGCCUUUCUCGA